AUGUGUGUUGUGUCCGACCUUCAUGAAAGCAUAAUAAAGGUUGUCAGUGUUGUAUAUUCAAAUGUGCUGCACCUGACAUACAUUUGGCACUUGUGGAAAACUGAUUGCACAAACUUCAGGAAGUGUAAAGAUAGACUUAGUGAUAUUUACUACACUAUGGCCAAGGCUUAUCGUAAAGAUGAGUUUGAUUUUUUUGGGAAUCAAGUUGGGAAGAUUGAUCAGAGGGUAAAGUCUUACUUGGGGAUGCUGGAUUUGAAAAGUGGGCACGCGUGUAUGUACCUGCUAGAAAAUUAUUUGAAAAGUGAAAUUGCAAGAAUAGAGAAAGAGCAUCUUAUGCAAAGUGAAAUUGCAAGAAUAGAGAAAGAGCAUCUUAUGCAAACACGUCACUGGGAUACUAUUUGGUUAGUGCAUCAUCAACAUAUGUAUUUCUCUAUUUACAAUGACGGCAGAAAAUACAUAGUAUGUCUUGAUAAGAGGACUUGCAAUUAUGGUAGAUUCCAAUUGGAUGAGAUAACAUGUGAACACGCGAUUGUAAUACUAAAAAGCAAGCAUGUAGUUGAUAUGAACCCUUAUUGCUCAGAGUUUUAUUAUCCUGAAACAUUAAGGAAGACUUAUGAAGAAUCUAUGUUUUCAAUGCCCGAUAAGAAGGACUGGAUUGUGCCACAAGAAGUAAUGAACGAAGUUGUGUUACCACCAAAAUACAAACGUCCACCCGGAAGGCCAAAGAAAAACAGACACAAGAAAUCAAGUGAAACAAUGACAUCGAGCAGUAAUUGUUACGGGAGAUGUGGUUAUGCAGGUCACAACAGGCGCACUUGUAACUUCUUUCCAAAAAAGAAUUGA